CUCCACUAACCCAACAUCUAAUAGAAAAACAAAACAUUGUGACACGCCAAGCCCACCCCCAACAUCACGACGAUCACAGGAGGCCGGAAACACCUCCUGGUCUGGCACGACCGAGCCAGGCCAGGAGACAGGCACUACCGAGCCAGGCCAGGAGACUAGCACUACUGAGCCAGGUCAGGAGACUGGCACUUCCGGGUCAGGCCAGGAGACUGGCGCUGCCCAGCCGCCAGUGGACAGUUCAGACAACGAUUUCGACUUUCUAAAAUUGGAUAUCACGACAAAAGUAGUACACGCAAAAAAUGACAAAAGGAUAUUCCCUCACAAGACAUGGGUAAAGUUGUUAUCUAAGAGCGUAAUUUUUAAUCAUUUCAAGGGAGUAAACACGACCGAGUUCCUGGCCUCGUACGGCGGCCAAAAUCUUUACUAUAAAACUGCUCUACCUACCCAGGGUAGUAUAAGUCGAAUGAUGGACUUAUUCAUCAACGAAUUUGUGACUCUCGACGCCCUCAAGGACACUGGGGUCACCCCCCAUGUGCUAGGCUGCUGUGUAAACCCACCCGUCUUAGUAAUGACGGGAGUCGGCGACCUCAGUCUCUUAGAGUUCCUUGAGAUUUGCUCGUGUAGGGAUGCAGUCUCGGCACUCCAGGCUGCAGCUGAGGCGUUUGCAAAAAUCCACGAAAAAGGCUUUGUCCAUGGAAACGUGACUCUUGAAAAUAUGAUGGUCGAUCUAAAACAUGACCGAAAGGUCUACAUCGUUGACUUCACCAUGGCGGCGCAUAAAGGAUCCAAAUGCCCCAAAAACCCCAGCCAGAGUCACUUCGCGGCAGAAACCUUAUUCGACUCCUUUGCCGCCCACUCCUCACAGGACGUCUACGCGUUCGGCAAAAACUUACAAAACCUGAUCAAGGCGCGUAAGGAUCUUCCAAAAGAACUGGAGCUUAUUUCGAAUAGUCUACUGGAAGAUAAUCCAAAACACCGUCCACCCAUGGACAAAUUGGCACGAAAAUUGUGUAAAACAUUACACGAGCCAAGCCCACCCCCACCAUUAAGACGACCACGGCAGGCUGAAAACACCUGCAACUGAACUGACCUGAGGAGCCAGGUUGGGCGGGUGGCGGGACCGCCAUGUUGACCCCUUUAAGACCUCUCACCCUUGACCUGUUUGACCUCGUAUGGAGUGAGAGAGGAGGCAUAGUAGUGGAGGUGGCUGCAGACUCCUCCACUGCUCUCCUCCCUCCCUCAUUCUGUUCGAGGCCAAACAGCAAAUGUGAGGUAACUUACCCAGAUACCGCGGAGAUUCCACCUCCACCGCCCUAAGGAAGGGCAGUAGAACUUCCUCUCUAAGGAAGUUUACCUAACCACUGCCGGGUUGGGCGGGUGGUGCCACCGCCGGGUGGAGAUCACCACACACCCAAUCAUGGGGGUGUGUGGUGAUCGGGCACCCCCGAUCAUCACACAUUGGGGGGGGGGGGAUGACUGGGAGUGUUGUGGGUCGGUUAUAGUUAUGGGUAGUGUUGUGAUACACUCCGAGUCAGACUCAAGUGUCCCUUGAGCGUGUGAUAGAGGGAUCGGUCAGGUUAGGCCUCUGUCCACCGCGGGUGGAAGCUGCUGUCUACCGUGGGUGGAGGCUGCUGUCUACCGUGGGUGGAGGCUGCUGUCUACCGUGGGUGGAGGCUGCUGUCUACCCCGGGUGGAGGCUGCUGUCUACCGCGGGUGGAAGCUGCUGUCUACCGUGGGUGGAAGCUGCUGUCUACCGUGGGUGGAGGCUGCUGUCUACCGUGGGUGGAGGCUGCUGUCUACCGUGGGUGGAGGCUGCUGUCUACCGUGGGUGGAAGCUGCUGUCUAUCGUGGGUGGAGGCUGCUGUCUACCGUGGGUGGAGGCUGCUGUCUACCGCGGGUGGAGGCUGCUGUCUACCGCGGGUGGAAGCUGCUGUCUACCGCGGGUGGAAGCUGCUGUCUACCGUGGGUGGAGGCUGCUGUCUACCGUGGGUGGAGGCUGCUGUCUACCGCGGGUGGAAGCUGCUGUCUACCGCGGGUGGAACCUGCUGUCUACCGCGGGUGGAAGCUGCUGUCUACCGUGGGUGGAGGCUGCUGUCUACCGCGGGUGGAAGCUGCUGUCUACCGUGGGUGGAGGCUGCUGUCUACCGUGGGUGGAGGCCGCUGUCUACCGUGGGUGGAGGCUGCUGUCUACCGCGGGUGGGGGCUGCUGUCUACCGCGGGUGGAGGCUGCUGUCUACCGUGGGUGGAGGCUGCUGUCUACCGCGGGUGGAGGCCUAACCUGACCUAUCCCACUAUCACACACUCAAGGGACACUUGAGUCUGAGUCGGAGUGUAUCACAACACUACCCAUAACUACCACCACCCCCACAACACCUCCGAUCACCACCCCACAACACCACCCCACAAUACCUCCCAUCACCGCCCCACAACACCUCCAAUCACCGCUCCACAACACCCCCCAUCACCGCCCCACAACACCUCCGAUCACCGCUCCACAUAGAAGAGGAAGACCUGUCGACUACUGCAGGAGGAUUCGUGAAGCUGCGCUGACGGGGAGUGCAGGACAUUUCUGGGGGCUGCGCACGUUGUAAGAUGUUCAAUUCAAAAAUCGUUUCCCUAUGCUGCGCUACGUCAAGUAUUCUCUUUUGGCCUGACUCUCAACUGUUACUCACUUUUUCUCUUUUUUU